CUCAUUAAGUCACCCGCUUCGGACGUUAUCACGGCAUUCAAUGGCCAUUAUCAGUGGUUGUCAGCUUAUACUUAUGGGCCAAUAGGUGCCUACUCCACCUACUGACAGCGGUGAGUAGGUGCAGCAGGUCGUCGUCAUCUAUUCCUAAAGUAGAUCACGGCUUGGAGGACCAAACCAACUGAAUCCAGAUCCACUAGAGGCGCUGUUGAACCCUUUUUCUUCACACGGGAGAAUCGACGCGCUGAUCAAGGCAGGAUGGAAGAAAGGGGUAAGCUAUGUAAUGUCAUACAUAUUUAAAACCUUGUUUUGUUCACCUAAUGCUUUGUUUUGCUCAUUGCUUCACACAGGCAGAACAAUAAUAACAGACCAGCAAAAACAAUCUUUAAAACACUUUUUUGAAAAAGGAAUGAGAAGUGUUGGGUCUCCAUUGGUACAAGCAGCUGCUGAAAUCACUGCGUUGCCGCCUUCUAUCAUAGAGGUGUCCAGCCUUGAGGAGUUGGGUGUGGAAACAAUUGUACUGUCGUUUGACCACCAAAAGGCCACAAUGGAAGUCAGUGAAGUGAGCAGUAAAGGAGCUUCAGAAUUUCUGGCCUCUACAGACACUGUCAACAAUUUUGCCCUCCACUUUAAAGCUUCUUCCUCAGCCAUACGUACCACAAAGGAACCAGUCAGUGUCUUGGUCAAGAGGGUGCAGGAACUGUUUAACCAGAAAUACAAGGACGUCGGGGGUGUUGGGAAGAUUCCAUACCAGUCUCUUCGAAAUCACAAUGUCACCAUUCAUGCUGCUGGAUUGCCCAAAGGCCUAACAUUAAAAAAGCCAUCUUUCUAUGGAAGAAAACAACUAGAGGACAUAAUAAAGGCUGAAGAUCAGAUUUCUUUCCAUAUAGGUGGAGAAAAUGGGGCACAAUCACAGACUGUGGAAGAAAUACUGGAUGCCAUGUGUGGAAACGGUAGGUUUCUUGUGUUAUUAUAGUUGUCAUGAUCUGUGUUUUUGUUUCUAGUUGUUUCCUGUCGUCACGCCAUGUCCUGUCUUAUUUUGUUAACUUCCUGUCACUCUCCGGUUCCCAGUAUCCACACCUGUUACCCAUCAGUAAUCAGCACCUGUAUUUAACCUCCACCUCUUACCUACCCCAGUCGCCAGAUUGUUGUAUUCGAAGUUCAUUUGUGUUCCGUGUUUCCUGAGCGUUCCGUGUUUCUCCAGUGUAUUCGUUUUUCAUCAGUGUCGCU